AUGCCCAUGCCUCAGGGCACAUACACCCCCCUUGAUGCCCCUGGCACUGGCAUCAACGCCGCCCCAUCACAGCCCAAGAAAGUCGCCUACUUCUAUGACAGCGAUGUCGGCAACUACGCAUAUAAUGCUGGUCACCCCAUGAAGCCCCAUCGAAUUCGGAUGGCCCAUUCGCUGAUCAUGAACUACGGCCUGUACAAGAAGCUGGAGAUCUACCGCGCAAAACCAGCAUCAAAGUACGAAAUGACUCAAUUUCACACCGACGAAUACGUCGACUUCCUCCAGCGCGUGACCCCCGACAACAUGGACAACUUCAUGAAAGAGCAAGGUCGCUACAACGUCGGAGACGAUUGUCCCGUGUUCGAUGGCUUGUUCGAGUUCUGUGGGAUCAGUGCUGGUGGGUCCAUGGAGGGCGCUGCAAGACUGAAUCGAGGGAAAUGCGACGUUGCGGUCAACUGGGCUGGCGGACUGCAUCACGCGAAAAAGAGCGAGGCGUCAGGGUUCUGCUACAUCAACGACAUCGUUCUCGGCAUCCUCGAACUCCUGCGAUUCCACCCUCGAGUGCUCUACAUCGACAUCGACGUUCACCACGGCGACGGCGUCGAAGAAGCCUUCUACUCUACCGAUCGCGUCAUGACCGUAUCCUUCCACAAAUACGGAGAGUACUUCCCCGGUACUGGCGAGUUGAGGGAUAUCGGUGUCGGCGCUGGUAAGCACUACGCUGUGAACUUCCCUCUUCGAGAUGGCAUCGACGACAACAGCUACAAGAGCCUCUUCGAGCCCACCAUCCAAUGGGUCAUGGACUACUACCAGCCGACUGCCGUGGUUCUUCAAUGCGGUGGCGACUCGCUCUCAGGAGACAGACUCGGCUGCUUCAACCUCAGCAUGCGGGGUCAUGCCAACUGUGUCAACUUCGUCAAGUCGUUCGGCAAGCCAACGCUCGUCCUCGGUGGCGGUGGAUACACCAUGCGCAAUGUUGCCCGAACAUGGGCAUACGAGACAGGUCAGCUGGUAGGCGUGGAGAUGGGCCCAGAUCUUCCCUUUACCGACUACUAUGAAUACUACUCACCAGACUUCGAGCUGGAUGUCAAGCCCAGUAAUAUGGAUAAUGCCAAUUCGCCCGAAUAUCUCGAGAAGAUCAAAGCCCAGGUUCUGGAGAACCUCAAGCGAACUUCGCCUCACGCACCAUCUGUUCAGAUGCAAGACGUCCCACGCGAACCACUUGGCAUGUCAGCAUCUGGUCCUGACGGCGAGGGCGAGACACUGGACGAGCAAGACGAUCGCCUGGACGAUGAAGAAGCCGAUGCAGAAGCGAACAAAGAUCGGCGGUAUACUGCUCGCCAAUGGGACAGCAAGAUCACGCGAGACGAGGAAUUCGACGAAAGCGAUGAUGAGGAGAUGGCAGAGGCGAAUGGUGUCAGACAGCAACCAGGACGGCCAAAGCGGAGAGGCAUCAUGGACUUCCAGAACCCACACGCACCGGUAGAUGACAGCGGUAACAAUACCCCCAUGGAGGAUGAUGCCCGAAGUCUGAAUGGUGAUGCGGAGAACGGACAUACUGAGGACGUGCCAAUGCAGACGGAUGGCGCUGCCGAUGCAGUGGAGGCGAACGCCGCUGUGGUUGAGGAGGUGAUGGCAGCAAAGGCAAGCAAGAGCCCAUCAGCCCCAGCACCAGGUCUCGAGGCUCUUGCACAAGCAUCAGGCGCAAAAUCUGAGCUGGCCAGUAACCGCAGCGAGGCCGGCGUCGAGACCGCAGAGGAUCGGGAAGGCCCAUCUUCUGGAGACGCCGACGACGAGAUGCAAAUCGACUCGAAGGAAACCCCAGCGGCACCUGCUGCUGCACCUGCACCUCCCGCCGAGCCCGAAGCCGCCCCUCAAACAACCACCCCACCCAAAUCACCAGCCGCGCCCGUCCCCAAGACCGAAGAGCCCGAAGACGUCGUGAUGGCAGAAGAAGUCGCCGCCGAGAAGGAAGCCGAGAAGGAGGAAGGCCUUCGGGAACGAGAAGUCGAGGAUGCCAAGGGCGAGGCGACCACCGAGAUGGAGGGCGGUGGGCACAACAUCGGCGGCGGACCGGCGGUAUAG